AAUUCUAUUCUUUACCCCCUUAUACCACACAAAUAAUUAUAAUAUAGAAUACUCAAAGAAAGUGACUAUCGUUUCCUUUUUUGGUAGUGCGAGAGGUGCUUAUAAGUUCACCUGUUUUGUGGUCUUUUAGGAGAUACACAGACAGAGAUGGACUUUUGGAUCUUUGUAAUCUGUCUAUGCCUCAGCUGGACCAUAAUUCAAGCGCUUCAUUCCAUCCCAAGAAGAAGCACAGCAAUACCCAGUAAGCUUCCCCCAGGACCAAAAUCAUUUCCCAUCAUCGGAAAUGUAUUUGAACUUGGUGACAAACCUCACAAGAUGCUGGCCAAGCUUGCCAACACUCAUGGUCCCUUAAUGAGCCUAAAGCUAGGCCAAAUAACCACAGUGGUCAUAUCUUCAGCAGCCAUGGCCAGAGAAGCUCUCCAAACCCAUGACCAAGUGUUCUCAAACCGUACCAUCCCAAAUUGUAUCCAUGCCCACAAACACCAAGAGUUUGGCUUGCCUUGGAUGCCUGUUUCCACUCGGUGGAGAAACCUUAGGAAAAUAUGCAACUCUGAAUUAUUUUCCAGUAAGAUUCUUGAUGCCAACCAAAAUCUCCGACGCAAGAAAGUGCAAGAGCUCCUUACUGAUAUCCAUAAAAGCAGCCUAGCCGGUGAUGCAGUUGAUAUUGGCAGAGCAGCCUUUAAAAUUUCACUGAAUCUGUUAUCAAACACCAUUUUUUCAAUGGAUUUAGCAAUUCCAAAUUCAGAUACAGCUAGAGUGUACAAGCAGAUCGUGUCAAGCAUCAUGGAAGAGGCCGGAAAGCCAAACUUGGGGGAUUAUUUUCCCAUUCUAAGAAAGUUUGACAUACAAGGCAUAAGGCAGCGUAUGACAAUUCACUUUGGGAAAAUGAUAGACGUCUAUGACAACAUAAUUAGCCAACGGUUGAAGUUAAGAAAAGUACCUGGUUUUAUAUCAAAUAAAGAUGUGUUAGAUACUCUACUCAACAUCAGUGAGGACAACAGGGCGGAGAUUGAUAAAAAUCAGAUUAAGCAUUUCUUACUGGAUCUAUUUUCUGCCGGCACGGACACAACAUCAUCCACACUGCAAUGGGCAAUGGCAGAGCUUUUACACAACCCGGAGAUACUAUCAAAGGCCGGAGAGGAGCUGAGGCAAACCAUUGGCAGAGGCAAUACAGUUGAAGAAUCAGACAUUCCUAAGUUACCUUAUCUACAAGCUAUAAUCAAAGAAACCUUCCGACUGCACCCAGCAGUUCCCUUACUACUUCCUCGUAAAGCCGAAGCAGAUGUUGAAGUUAAGGGCUUCACAGUCCCAAAGGGUGCACAAGUUCUGGUCAAUGCAUGGGCUAUAGGCAGGGACCCAAGCAUAUGGGACAACCCAAACUCAUUCAUGCCAGAGAGGUUCUUGGGGUCAGAAAUUGAUGUUAGAGGCCACAACUUUGAGCUGAUUCCAUUUGGUGGUGGGCGGCGAAUAUGUCCUGGCUUGUCAUUGGCUAUACGAAUGGUGCACUUGAUGUUGGGCUCUCUCAUCCACUCAUUUGAUUGGAAGCUUGAAGAUGGGAUUACACCAGAGGACAUGAAUCUGGAGGAUAAGUUUGGCCUUACAUUAGAUAUGGCUCAACCAUUACAAGCUAUUCCUAUUACUUUCUAAUGUCAUUUUGCUUUUUGCAUAGCUAUGUAAAAUAACUUGCUGCUUUAAGAACUGAAUAGCAAAUGCGAUAUGCUUUUGUAUUUU